CGGCGCAGUCUUGAGCACACAAAGCUAGCUAGAGGCGCCAGCACCUCCUGCCUGCGUGGCCGUUUCCCCUCUUCCUCUUUUCUCGCUCGCCGUUGCUGCUGCUGCUGCAUAAAGUCGUCGUGCUCUGCCCAGCUAGCGCUCUCUCUCUUCUUUCCUGCUGUUUUGCUUGGCCGAGGAAUUGUGCGGCUCCUGCAGCUAGCCACCUGAGCUGGCACGCAGUAUGCCAACCUCACCACUUCAGAUAUAUUUCUGGUGCAUUCUCCUAUUUGCCAAUGUUGGGAUUUCCACAUCAUUACCUCUGGAAACAGAUGCACUCCUUGACAUCAAAAGUCAUCUGGAGGAUCCAGAGAAGUGGCUACACAACUGGGAUGAAUUUCACUCACCGUGCUAUUAUUAUGGUGUAACGUGCGAUAAACUUUCUGGUGAGGUCAUUGGAGUAUCACUCUCAAAUGUCUCGCUAUCGGGAACUAUAUCGCCAUCAUUUUCUCUUCUUCGCCGGUUGCAUACUCUGGAACUUGGUGCAAACUCCAUCUCAGGAAUUAUUCCAGCUGCCCUGGCAAACUGCACAAAUUUGCAGGUUCUUAACUUGUCAAUGAACAGUUUGACAGGCCAACUGCCUGAUCUUUCGCCAUUGCUCAAGCUACAAGUUCUUGAUUUAUCAACCAAUAAUUUUUCUGGCGCUUUCCCUGUAUGGAUCAGCAAAUUAUCAGGCCUAACUGAAUUAGGUCUAGGGGAGAACAAUUUCACUGAAGGUGACGUUCCUGAAAGCAUUGGAGUCCUGAAGAACCUGACAUGGCUAUUCUUGGGGAAAUGCAACCUUAGAGGUGAUAUACCUGCUUCAGUCUUUGACUUGGUAUCACUUGGGACUCUGGACUUCUCACGCAAUCAGAUGACCGGCAUGUUCCCGAAAGCAAUAUCCAAGCUGCGCAACCUGUGGAAGAUUGAGCUCUACCAGAACAACCUGACUGGUGAAAUUCCUCCUGAGCUUGCACAUCUGACAUUGUUAUCUGAAUUUGACGUGUCUCAGAAUGAACUUACUGGUAUACUUCCUAGGGAGAUUUCUAACCUGAAGAACCUUAAGAUCUUCCAUAUAUACAUGAACAACUUCUAUGGUGAGCUUCCUGAAGGACUGGGGGACUUGCAGUUUCUUGAGUCAUUUUCAACCUAUGAGAAUCAGUUGUCAGGAAAAUUCCCUGCCAACCUUGGUCGGUUCUCACCACUCAAUGCAAUUGACAUAUCAGAGAACUACUUUUCCGGUGAAUUUCCAAGGUUUCUGUGCCAAAACAACAAAUUGCAGUUCUUACUGGCUUUGAACAAUAACUUCUCAGGUGAAUUCCCCAGUUCUUACUCUUCUUGCAAGAAACUAGAGAGGUUUAGAAUAAGUCAAAACCAGUUUGCUGGGAGUAUUCCUUAUGGUAUAUGGGGAUUGCCUAAUGCUGUGAUCAUUGAUGUUGCCGAUAAUGGAUUUAUUGGUGGGAUAUCUUCGGACAUAGGCAUUUCAGCCAAUUUGAACCAGCUGUUUGUUCAGAAUAACAACUUCUCCAGUGAACUUCCAUUGGAGUUGGGAAAGCUCUCUCAGCUGCAGAAGCUGAUUGCUUUCAACAACAGAUUCUCUGGCCAAAUACCUACACAGAUUGGUAAUCUGAAACAACUGUCUUACCUUCAUCUGGAGCACAAUGCACUCGAAGGGUCAAUACCACCAAACAUUGGUUUGUGCAACAGCCUAGUUGACCUUAAUCUUGCAGAGAAUUCUUUGUCUGGCAACAUUCCAGAUGCACUUGCCUCCCUUUUGAUGCUGAAUUCACUCAAUCUAUCUCAUAACAUGAUCUCUGGUGAAAUCCCUCAACGAUUGCAGUCUCUGAAGCUAAGUUAUGUUAAUUUCUCUCACAACAAUUUGUCUGGACCAGUCUCUCCACAGCUCCUUAUGAUAGCAGGAGAAGAUGCAUUCUCUGAAAACUAUGACCUUUGUGUCACCAAUAUUUCAGAAGGAUGGAGACAAUCUGGCACCAGUUUACGCUCUUGCCAGUGGUCCGAUGACCAUCACAACUUCUCACAGAGACAGCUGUUAGCUGUGGUGAUCAUGAUGACAUUUUUUCUUGUUCUCCUAUCUGGAUUGGCAUGUCUAAGGUACGAAAAUAACAAGCUUGAGGAUGUCAGCAGAAAGCGAGACACUGAGAGUAGUGAUGGCAGUGACUCGAAGUGGAUCGUUGAGUCCUUCCAUCCCCCAGAGGUCACUGCUGAAGAGGUCUGCAACUUGGAUGGGGAGAGCUUAAUUGGUUAUGGACGUACUGGCACAGUGUACAGGCUAGAAUUGAGCAAGGGGAGGGGAAUUGUGGCUGUGAAGCAGCUGUGGGACUGUAUCGAUGCAAAGGUCUUGAAAACUGAGAUAAACACGCUCAGAAAGAUAUGCCAUCGGAACAUUGUGAAACUCCAUGGAUUCUUGGCUGGUGGGGGAUCAAACUUUUUGGUCUAUGAGUAUGCGGUGAAUGGAAAUCUUUAUGAUGCCAUUCGCCGCAAGUUCAAAGCUGGGCAGCCAGAGCUGGACUGGGCCAGGCGAUACCGGAUUGCAGUUGGAGCUGCAAAGGGCAUCAUGUACCUUCACCAUGAUUGCUCCCCUGCCAUAAUUCACCGAGAUGUAAAAUCGACCAACAUACUGCUUGAUGAGGACUAUGAAGCUAAGCUUGCAGAUUUCGGUAUCGCUAAAUUGGUGGAAACUUCACCACUGAACUGCUUUGCUGGUACCCAUGGUUACAUAGCUCCAGAGCUUACAUAUUCUCUCAAGGCGACAGAGAAGAGCGAUGUUUACAGCUUUGGUGUUGUAUUGCUAGAGUUGCUUACCGAACGUAGCCCAACAGACCAGCAGUUUGAUGGCGAACUAGACAUUGUAUCCUGGGCUUCAUCCCAUUUGGCUGGCCAAAAUACUGCAGAUGUUCUUGAUCCAAGAGUUAGCAACUAUGCAUCAGAAGACAUGAUAAAGGUCUUGAACAUUGCCAUUGUUUGCACUGUACAGGUGCCUUCUGAGCGACCAACAAUGAGAGAAGUUGUGAAAAUGCUCAUUGACAUCUAGCUCAACAAUGUGGAGAGCGGAGAAGAAGAAUGUUACAUAAAUAAGAAGAGGUACCUUUUCUUUGUAAGAUGCCACCAUCAACAAGAUCAGGGCCUCUAGGCACCAAGUAGCUCACUCUGUAGAGCCAAUUGACCUUAGAAUGCCUGACUAGAGCAGGAAACCAGUAAAUGGUUGACUCUUCCUAUCUUGGAGGUGUAGUAGCCUCUGAUAGCUUGAUCAUAGGUAAAGAGUCUUUAGCUCUAUCCUGAAAAAAUCCACUCAUGUACCUUGCAGUUUCUGUAUAAAGUUGUGAUGCACUAUCAGAUACUGAGUAGUUAAAUCUUCUGGACUUAACUAAGUCAUAUACACAAAUAACUCUUCCUAUUUUGGAGGUGUAGUAGCCUCUGAUAGCUUGAUCAUAGGUAAAGAGUCUAUAGCUCUAUCCUGAACAAAUCCACUCAUGUACCUUGCAGUUUCUGUAUAAAGUUGUGCUGCACUGUCA